AUGACGACUGUCGUACGGACCCGUCAGCCGCUACAAAUCCUGAGCAUGAGCAGCAACCAGAGGCGCAGCAAACGCCUUGCGGGUAAGCUGCAAUCCCUGACAUCAAAUCCGAAACGUGACGCAGCCGAGGCAGUAUAUGACGAGCAAGACGGCGAUUUCCUCUUCACACGCGGCUCAAAGAGAGCCAGAACCACACUAAUAGCUCCAGCGUCCACGUUAGAGGACGCCGAGAAUGAACCGGUGGUGAUAUCUGUGCCUGCGAAAAAGCCCGUCGGCAGACCCCCAAAGAAUAGCGCAAGGAAGCGCGCAUCAUCCCCUGUGCAAGAGUCGCCUCCGCCGCCACCACCGGCCGCACAACAGCAGCAGAUCUCCGGACCGAUACCGAGGAGGACGUCGAAACGAAAAUCAAAUGGUGGUGCUGCUGCUGCUGCGCCUCCGCCCGCACCCGCGCCUUCAGCAGCGGUAUCCGCCGUGAAUGAGGAGGAUGCUGCUUCUAAAUCGAGAGGACGUCGGAAAGGCCUCCCACCAAAACAACAGAAGAAUGACGAGGUACCGCGACCAGUAAACGGCAUGCGCGCGGUACCAGAACCGGAGGACGAGGAGGAGGAGGAGGAUGGGCCAAAUCUCGUUGGGGCGACGCCAAUGGACAUCGACGACACAAGGGAUGUGAGGACCAAGGGCCGGAAAGGAGCAGGAGGACGAGGAGGAGGGAGAGGAAGCUCUUCAGAGCCACAGCAAAUUGUACUACCACUCAGCGACACGCCAAUCAUCAACCGGAACAAAGAAAUGCGGAAGAAGGGCGGUGCAAGCGGCAGUCGGCGGAGCAGUCUAGGGAUGAGGGGAAGGCGAGCGAGUUCCUUGAUCGAGAACGGGCAUAGUGCGAUACCGCAUCGCGAGGUCGACCCGUCCGAAUUUUACAAGCAUAUCGAAGCUGAGGGGCUGAGCGAGCCAAGGCGGAUGAGGCAGCUUUUGACGUGGUGCGGCGAAAGGGCUCUUAGUGAGAAGCCACCGCAUGGGAGUCAUGGGUCUAGUGCAAUUCUUGGAGCGCGCGCGAUACAAGACCAAUUGCUCAAGGAUUUUGGAGCGAGGUCAGAAUUCUCGGAUUGGUUUGCUAGAGAGGAAGCAUCAAAGCCCCCCGUGGUGCUACAACCAAACCCGCGAAAUCUCGAGCACGACGCCAAGAUUGCCGAACUCGAAGCGAAGAUCAAAAGGUUAAAAGAAGAGAAAAGAGCCUGGCAAGCCCUGGCCAAACCUCUCCCAGACCUCGAACCGCUAUACCCCGACUCCGACCCAACCAAAGCACCACUACCCGAACCGUCACUUCUCGACGCCGAGGAAGCCAAAAUCCUUGCCUCUCUGGUCGAGCCCGACACAGCCUUCAGCUCCUUCCGUCGUCGGACGCGAUCGCGCCUGCAGAAUGUGCAGUCCUCGCUCGAGUUCAAGAUCGACCACCUGGCCGAUAGCGUGCACAAGCUCGACAUGCGGGUCUCGACGGCGGGCCGCGAGGCGGAUCAGGUGCUUAUGCUGAGCGCGGCCCGGCUGAAGGAGCGGGAGGAGAGGGAGAAGGGAAGAGUGGGAACGAGGGAUUUGCCGACUAUUGAGGUGUUAAGGAGUUUGGGGAGGAUAUUGCCUGCUGAAGGGGGUUGAGUCUGGGUAAAGCAGAGGAAUCAAACCGGGAAUUCUCCCACGUUUUGCAGA